CCUCAGUGUCUGCAACACUCGUACAGUCCGUCUGCAGCGGAAUAAAAUUUCUACAUUUUAGUUACAUACGUUUGCCUUUUAUAUCUGCUCGGAAGGUUUAAUGGAAACGAGGUACACCGGUAGUGCUGCCAUGCUGGCGUGGAGCCCGUGAGCGAGUUGCCCACGUCCCCACCCCCUCCUUCCUCCCCUCCACCCGCGGCCCUGCCCCAGGCUCCGGCGGCGGCAUGUCCAGCACGGGCUUCCCUCCCAGCCAGGGGAGCUUCAGCAGCGAGCAGAGCCGCUACCCGCCCCACUCGGUCCAAUGCACCUUCGGCACAGGGCGCCACCCUUCGGACUUUUCAGUCCCAGAGUUCCGUAGUACUCACCUGCAGGACCAGCAGCAGCGCCGAAGACCCUCACUGCUGUCAGAAUUCCACCCUGGAACUGAAAGGCCUCCAGAGCGCAGGCAUGCCUACGAUCAGCAGUACCCUGGAGUGCUGGCCCAGCCGGAGCCCGAGGCCGUGGAGGCCAAGCGGCCCCGUGUGGAGGGCACCUCCGAUCCCCACCUGUCCCGCCCCCCACCUGCCAGCGUUGUCCUGCCGCUCCCACACACCGUACAGGAUGGCCUGAGAACCCCCGGCGAUAUCAAGAAGGAGACCCAGUUCAGUGUGAAGGUGGAGGCCUCGUCCCCAGGAGGUGGCGUGCAGGCGGUUGGGGACGAGGACGCCUCGCCAUCCAAACUCUCCAAGGAAGAGCUGAUCCAGAGCAUGGACCGCGUGGACCGCGAGAUCGCCAAGGUCGAGCAGCAGAUCUUCAAGCUCAAGAAGAAGCAGCAACAACUAGAGGAGGAAGCAGCAAAGCCAGUCGAGCCAGAAAAGCCGGUGUCCCCGCCGCCCGUGGAGCACAAACACCGGAGCAUCGUCCAGAUCAUCUACGAUGAGAACCGGAAAAAGGCGGAAGAAGCCCACAAGAUCUUUGAAGGACUCGGCCCUAAAGUAGAGCUGCCCCUGUAUAACCAGCCAUCAGAUACUAAGGUAUACCACGACAACAUUAAAACGAAUCAAGUGAUGCGGAAGAAGCUGAUUCUCUUUUUCAAGAGGAGGAACCACGCACGCAAACAGAGGGAGCAGAAGAUCUGCCAGCGCUACGACCAGCUGAUGGAGGCAUGGGAGAAGAAGGUGGAGCGCCUGGAGAACAACCCACGGCGCAAGGCCAAGGAGAGCCGCACGCGCGAGUACUACGAGCGGCAGUUCCCCGAGAUUCGCAAGCAGCGCGAGCAGCAGGAACGUUUCCAGAGGGUGGGCCAGCGAGGGACAGGCCUGUCAGCCACCAUAGCCAGAAGCGAGCACGAGAUCUCGGAGAUCAUAGACGGCCUCUCGGAACAGGAGAACAAUGAGAAGCAGAUGAGGCAGCUGUCCGUCAUUCCCCCAAUGAUGUACGACUCGGAGCAGCGCCGCGUCAAGUUCAUCAACAUGAACGGUCUCAUGGACGACCCCAUGAAGGUCUACAAGUCCCGCCAGUUCAUGAACGUCUGGACCGAGCACGAGAAGGAGAUCUUCAAGGAGAAGUUCGUCCAGCACCCAAAGAACUUUGGCUUGAUUGCCUCUUAUCUGGAGCGAAAGUGCGUCGCAGACUGUGUACUGUAUUACUACUUAACCAAGAAGAGCCAGAACUUUAAGACCCUGGUCCGACGCAACUACGGCAGCCGGCGCCGGAGGAAUCAGCAGAUAACACGACCCUCACAAGAAGACAAGUCCGACGACAAGAACGAGGAGGACAAAGCGGAGAAGUCGGAGAAGAAAGAGGACGACGAGAAGAAGGAAGAGGAGGAGAAAGAUGAGAAGGAGGACUCCAAGGACGUGGGCAAAGACAAAGAGAAGUGCGAGGGCGACGACGAAGAGGGCAAGGAGCAGAGCACGCCGCGCGGCCGCAAGACGGCCAACAGCCAGGGCCGCCGCAAAGGCCGCAUCACCACACGCUCCAUGGCCAACGAGGCAGCCGCUGUGGCCGCCGAGGAGCCGGUGCCGCCCCUGCCUGAGCAAGUUUUGCCUGAGCCUGUCCCUCCUCCCAAACCGGAGCCAGCUCAGAAGCCUGCCCGCGAGCUCGCUAAACUCACCCCUGUGACCAGCAUGGACACCCAAGCGCGAGGAGCCGUCGAGGCUGGAGAGACUUCGCGCUGGACGGAGGAGGAGAUGGAGGUCGCCAAAAAAGGCCUGGUAGAGCACGGGCGGAACUGGUCGGCCAUCGCCAAGAUGGUGGGCACCAAGAGUGAGGCCCAGUGCAAGAACUUCUACUUCAACUACAAGAGACGUCACAACCUGGACAACCUGCUGCAGCAGCACAAGCAGGUGACCAGACGGAUCCGGGACCGAGACGCAUCACAAAGCGACAGCGUGGCCACGGCCUCGGCCGAUGACGAGGAGGAGAACCCCGACGACAGUGAAGGAGCAGACAACAGCUCGGACACGGAGAGCGCCCCCUCCCCCUCCCAAGCGGACCCUUCCAAGCCCUCUGAGCCUCUCUCCCACCCGAGCCCCGGGGUUGGCAGCCUGGAGCCAGAUCCCGCCACCCCCAAGGGCUCCGGUGCGGACAGCAAAGGCCCGGAGCCACCAUACGGCGAGCUCCAGGUCAAGCUGGAGAAAAGCCCAGAAGGCAGUGCGGCGGGUGACGGCACCGCCCAGGACGAGCGCGCCCGGCUGCCCCUCGAACCCCAGGUACACCUGAAGAGCGAGCCCCAGGACACAGACAUGGGCGUGGCCCCGGGGCCAGCCGGUGACAGCAUCGAGGUACGGGUGAAGACGGAGCCGGAGGCCCGGGACAAGGCGGAAAAGCUGGGUGAGCAGACGCACUCGGACAACGACUCCAGCGCCACCUGCAGCGCCGACGAGGACGUGGAAGCCGAGCCGGACAGACAGAGGCUCUUUUCCCCGGACAAGCCUUCUCUGCUCGGAGGCCACAGCUCCGUUGUGGUCUCCACGGUCAAGCCAACCCAGCAGCUCAGCAUGCAGCAGCUACAGCAGCGGGCCGCCACCAUCCCCCCCAUGGUCAGUCCCUUUAGCCCCAUGCUCCAAUUUCCUAGCAGACACACCCUCCUGGCCAGGCCCCGGCCCAGGGACUGGGGCAGGCUUGGGGCCCAGAGCCACCCUUCCUCAGCCCAGCCACCUCGCCACGUGCCAGGACCGUUCGGGCCGGGCAGCAUGCCCGUGGGAGCCCCGCUCAGCGGCUUUGCCAUGUACCAGAAACAGAUCAAGGCGGUGCACGAGUCGGCCCACCUGGAGGACUCGCAGAGGCAGGAGCCCAGUGAGGUGGACCGCCGGCCUCACUUCCCUGACCGCAGCUCCACCCUCCUCGAGCGAGAUGGAAAGGCGUUUGCCUACAUGCCUUACGACAUGAAGCUGAUGGAUCAGGAGGUUCACGGGGGUGCAGGCAGGCCCGGCUCGCCUUACAGGCUCUCGCCGCGCGAGCCCAGCAAAGCGUCGCCCCAGCCAGACCCCAACAACGCGGCCCGCUACAGCAUCCCGCCAGUCCUGCAGCCAGCUCCUAACCAAAUGGUCCAGAACCUUCCGGAUGGAAUGCGCAUGACGUUCUCCCGCCACAGACCGGCUAACAUUCCGUCUCCCCCUCCGCUCAUUCCCACCUCCAAGCCCUCGGACAAGCCAUCCUUUAUCCAGGGUGGCUCGAUCUUGCAGGGAACACCGGGGACGUAUCUGCCCUCACACAUGCACGCCGUGUACGGGCCAGAGCUGGCCAAGAGUGUCGGAGGGUCCAUCUCACUCGGCCUGCCCAGGCAGCAGGACCCUGCUAAGCCUGUGCCCUAUAUAAAGCAAGAGGAAUGUUCUCCACGGGGACAGAGCACUCAAGCUGAAGGACUACUCUCCAGGGCACAGUAUGAGGGAGUCGUCAGAGGAGGGUCAAUGCCUGCCAUUCAGGACCUGACCAGAGGCCCCACAGGAAAAGGUCCCGAGGGGCUCCACUUCCAAAGAGGCUCCAUCACCCAAGGCACCCCCGCGCUGCCCCAAUCAGGCCUGGCGGCGGACCUGCUGAAGGGCACCAUUGCCAAACUGGCCGCUGAGGACCUGAGCAUCCCGGAGAAGAGCCGGGCCGAGGCGCUCUCCAAAGGCCACGUCAUCUAUGAGGGCAAGAGCGGACACAUCCUCUCUUACGACGCCAUUAAGAACACCAGGGAAGGUACUAGAAGCCCCAGGACGGGUCAUGAGCUCAAACGCACAUACGACAUGAUGGACGGACCCCGAGGGCACCCUGUACGGGAGGCCGCCCCUUACGAGGGUUUGAUUAGCAGAGCCCUACCCAGAGACAGCCUGCACCCUGACUCCAAGGACAGGGCUAUGCUCACAGGAUCCAUCAUGCAAGGAACGCCCCGAACCUCUGCCGAUGCCUUCGAUGAGGCCAAGUACGGCAAGCAGAUCAAGAGGGAGAGUCCACCCAUCCGCUCAUUCGAGGGGGGGAUCACCAAGGGCAAGCCAUACGAGGGGGUGAACACCAUAAAAGAGAUGGGCCGUUCUAUUCACGAGAUCCCCCGCAAGGAGACCCAGGACAGCCGCAAGACCCCGGUGCUGGAAGGAUCCAUUACCCAGGGCAUACCCCUAAAGUACGAGGCCGGCGGCAGCGCAAGCCAAUCGGCCAUCAAGCACAACGUCAAGUCCCUGCUCACCAGCCCCGGUAAGAUGGCACACGCAGCCGCCGAGGCGGCGGAGCGCGAGCGAGCCAAGUACGAGGAGGUCAAGGCGUCGGCGGAGCGGGUGCGCCACGCCUCCGUGGUCAACCCCACCUCGGUGCUACGCUCCACACACCAGGAGGCCGGCAAGGCUCAGCUCAGCCCCGGCCUGUACGACGACGCCACAGCCCGCCGGACACCCAACUACGGAGCUGGCUCCAUGUCCAGAGGGUCACCGCUGCUGCGCACGCAGGAAGGAGGCAUAACAGCAGGCAAGCCCGUGUCCCACGAGAGGAAGAGCGCGCUGACCCCAACCCAGAGAGACAGCGUCCCGGCCAAGUCCCCCGUCUCCGGCGCCGACCCGCUGGGCUCGCACAGCCCGUUCGACUCCCACCACAGGCCCGUGGUGGCGGGGGAGGUGUACCGAGCCCAUCUGACCCCACACCUUGACCCCAGUGUCUUCCACCACCGGGUGCUGGACCCAGGGUACAUGUUCCCGAGGCAGCCUUCGCCCACUGGCUACCCCAACACCUACCCGCUGUACACCAUGGAGAACACGCGCCAGACCAUCCUCAACGACUACAUCACCUCCCAGCAGAUGCAGGUCAUUCCGCGACCCGACGUCGCCAGGGGCCUGUCGCCGCGCGAGCAGCAGAUGGCCAUCCCCUACCCUUCCGGUGCCAGAGGUAUAAUUGAUCUAGCCCAGAUGCCUCCCGCCAUCCUGUUGCCUCACCCCGGGGGGACAGGUUCCCCCACACUGGACCGCAUCACGUACAUCCCUGGAGCUCAGACCCCUUUUCCUUCUAGGGUUUUCAACCCUACCUCCAUAUCUCCAGGACACUCUGCCCAAUUCGCAGCCAGCGUGGAGAGAGAGAGAGAGCGGGAGCGGGAUCGCGAGCACAGAGAGCGCGAGAAGGAGCGUGAAAAGGAGCGCGAGAGGGAGCAGAGAGAGCGGGAGAGGGAGCGCGAGCGCAUGGCCGCUGCAAGCGAAUACAUACGUGGAGCUCCAGAGCAGCCCGUCAUGCCCAGCAGUCGUGUCUUUCUGCGUUCCCCCUCGCCUUCGAUGAGGUCACAGGAAGGCGUGGUCCAGCAGAGGCCCAGCAUUUUCCAGGGCACCAGCAAGAGCGUCAUAACCCCUCUGAUACCGAUGCCGUCGGCCACGGUCCAGGCGAACUCGCGCUACAACACGGCCGCCGACAUGCUGGUCGCCCUGGUGGACGCGGCAGCCUCCGCCCCCCAGAUGGACGUGGCCAAGACCAAGGAGGGCAAGCACAGCGUGGACGACGAGCCGCAGACCCAGCGACGCCCGGCCGUCGAGCAGCAGGAAGCGGCAGAGCGGCGCUCCACGCAGCUGCCGUACGGGGCCCUGCCGCUGGCCGUGGGCAAGCCACCCCUCGCCGCCUACGCUGACGCCGGGGGAGGGGCCGGUGCUGCCAAAGACAAGUCACGCAUUGAGGUGGAGCUGCGCACGCGCGGCAAGACCACCAUCACUGCCGCCAACUUCAUCGACGUUAUCAUCACGCGCCAGAUCGCUUCGGAGAAGGACUCGCGGGAGCGGGGCUCUCAGAGCUCGGACUCCUCCAGCAGCUUGCCGACUGGCCGCUACGAAGCACCGGGCAGUGGGGCCAUUGAGGUAAUCAGCCCGGCUAGUUCUCCAGCCCAACGAGAGGAGAAGAUUGAGGGCCCUUUCCCCCCUGAGAAGAGCUCUCAGUCAUCCACAGGUGCUGGCAGAGGGUUCGACAUGAGCCGCUACAGGCAGCCGCCGGAGCCACUGCCACAGACGCACCGUGUCAUGACCCUGGCCGACCACAUCUCGCACAUCAUAACCCAGGACUUCGCGCGGAGCCAGGACCCUUUGCCUGCGUCCAGCGCCAUGCCUCCCACAUCCUCCGCUGCCUCCACAUUCCAAACCUCCGGCGCCGUGGGUCGGCCCAAAGGGCCCAACCGCUACAGUCCUGAGAACCCUCCCGGUCACCACGUGAAAGCCCCCAGCAGGGUGUCUCCCGAGAACGUGUCUGACAAGACCAGAACCAGGCCAGGGAAGUCUCCCGAGCGCUCUGGCGGAGUCAGUGGUCGGGGUGUGGAGAGCUAUGAGCCCAUCUCUCCACCUCAGAGCUAUUCGGGCCUGGACAAACUAGAGGGCAGUUUUCAAGGCCAGAGACGUGAGACGGACCUCACAGAGCAGAGGAUGGACACGCACUCCCCGGGAAGCAGCAGCUAUCAGCCCUCUUUCUUUGCCAAGAUGGAGAACACCCCCAUGGUCAUGUCCAAGAAGCAGGAGAUCUUUCGCAAAUCUGAAGUUGGCAAUGCACAGCCAGGCACAGAGAUCUUCAAUUUACCAGCAGUAACAAGCUCAAGUAACGUGAACCCGAGAAACCACUCAUUCAGCGACCCAGCCAGUAACCUGGGUCUAGAGGACAUCAUCCGCAAGGCCCUGAUGGGCAACGUGGAGGAAAGGCCCGACGAGCAGGCACAGCAAGCCCAGUCCAGCGCUCCCUCAAUGGGCAGCAACGCGAGCGGCAUGGGGGGUGUGUCCGAGGGGCGGCAGGAGGCCAGUCCAUCCCCCAACGCAGGUAGAUACUCAGGCAAACAGAAGCUCCAAAGCAAAGCCAGCAGCAGGAAGUCCAAGUCGCCAAACCCAGGCCAGGCAUACCCAGGCGGGGAGCGUCCGCCCUCCGUCUCCUCGGUGCAUUCUGAAGGUGAUUACCACAGGCCGAGCUGGGCCUGGGAGGACCGGCCCUCAUCCACAGGGCCUAUGCAGUUUCCGUAUAACCCUCUGACUAUGCGGAUGUUGAGUAGCACCCCUCCCACCUCCAUGGCCUGUCCAUCUCCCUCCAUGCAGUCCCAGCAGCAGCCACAGGGAGGCGCUGCCAUUGGCCCGGCCCGCGCGUGGGAGAGGGAGCCGCCACUGCUCUCGGAACAGUACGAAACCCUGUCGGACAGUGAUGACUGACGAACUAUGACCUCCUACCAACCCCAAGGCCCCCACCCCACUCCAUCCCACCCUGGUCAUAAGAAGUGUCCCUCCCAACUAUGCCCCAUUGCCAUUCUUGAGAUGGGGACCAGCCGAGGAGGACUCCCUUCUGGUCCCUUGUUGCCCUCUGGUGGUCAGAGAAAGCAUUGCAAGGGAGCCACAAACGGGCUGAGUCUUCAGGAUAAACUUUUUAUUGGAGUCCAGAAGCUUUAUGCCACCUGUUUGUGGAUAAGAAAUCAGUGAAAAGUGAAAAAGGAUGAAGAACUUUGUAAAGAAACUUUAAAGAAGACUUAUUUGCUUAAAAAUCUGUUCAGUUUCUGUAAAGAAAUACUUUUUGUCUUUAAAAAAAAACCACAAAAAAAACGACGUAUGUAAAUAGGGUAACCUUUUGCAGUGUGUUCCUUUUUUCCUCUUCGUAUUUUCUCUGCAUUUUAAUGUUGCUUUUUUUUUUUUUUAAUGAAAUCACGGAUGGUUUGAGAUUACACACAAGUUCUCGCUCUUCGUGUGAAAGGUGCCGAUUCCCUCCCCCACCACUGGCCAGUGGCAUGAGCGGCACGACCCGAGCCGGCCGAGCUGAACGGACCAGGUUGCAACCACAGCGCAGCAGCCGUCCGCGAGGCAGGGAGGGCGAGUGCGUUUUAGCCGACAGGAGAAGACCCAGCCUACAGGGCGCUGUGGUGAGGCAUCAGCAGCUGUGGAAAUAGAUUCCAUUUCUAUGUGGGUGUAUAGAUGUUUAUUCAACCUGUUAUAUGGGUCUAGGAGGGGGGAGACACAUGAGCGUUGUUCCGCCCUGCAGGAAGAGCAGUUUGAGAAGCAUAAAGGCACCAUCACCUGUUUGGUUCAUGUGAACAAGCUGAGAACACUGGUCUCAGAGCCGUAUGAUUUUUACCGUGAAAGAAGAAAUAUAAGCUGAAGGUUUACUUUUUUUUUUUUUUUUUCCUCCAUCAAAGCUAAUUGAAUUUAUUUUAUUUUAUUUUUCUGUUUUUCUUAUGCUGAUCGGUGCUCUGUGGUGGAGUGAACUUGAGCAUGGUUUGCAUCCAGCGUCCUGAACUUCAGUAUGUUCAUCUGUGUGGUUGCUAAGAAGUGCUAAAUGUUCUGCUGCCACCCUCCUCCCCCCUCCCAAUUCUCACCCCUUCUCCUUUAUCCUGGUAGGUUGCUAUAGCAACCAGGGGAGCACCAGAGCAGUAUAUUGUUCUGGAGAAGGUCUUGGUUCGAUUUUCAUGAGGCGAAAAUUCAACUGUGACCUUCUCCUUCAUUUUAUUUAGUCUGUUCUUUUAUUCAUUUUUUAUUUGCUAAAUCACAUUCUGACAAAUACAUGCCCCUCACACACACACACACACACACACACACACACACACACACACGAAAGAAAGAAAAACCAAACUUCUGUCUGAUGAACCUCUGCACCAUUGUUGCACUUUUUUUGGCUCAGUAUCUUUUGACAUUGAUUAAAAGUGUACUACCUGUAAUCUAAGUUAUUCAAGCUCUUGCAGAGGUCUGCGCUGUUCAGUUUCAUGCACAUUUUGCAAUAGUUCUUUAUUGCCACUUGGAAAUCUUUGGAUAUUACAUGUUUCUUUUCAAACGUGUCCCUGUUUUCUGGCUUGUUUGACAUCACUUUUCUUGGUCUAUGGUACAGUAAGGCUGUUGAAGUUGCCCUUUCAUAGUGGUGGCUUUGACUUAGAUCUUCAUUUUCUUGAUGUAACAGAAAAUAAGCUUGAUUUUAGUUAUCUGCGCAAACAUAGCUGUAGUAUGUUCCAUGACAACCCAAAAGACAAAAAAAUCUAAGCAGCCUGUGCUUGUGUUUUGGUUUCCUUUGCUUUCACUUUGCUCAAGUAACACAACUUUACAUCUGCUUUACAUUUUGAUAUAUUUAAUUAAUUUUGCUUCUGAAAUGGGGCUGAAAAAAGCCUUAGAGCUCAUCUUUUCAGAUUUUUCCUUUAUUUCAAAUCAUUUUCAACAUCGAUGUUAUUCAUCCUGUUUUAAUGGGAUGCCAAGUGUUUACAGUGGCGUCAACAAAAAGGAAAAAAAAAAGCAGUGAAACUUGAAUCUUAAGAAAAUGAAAGGCGAUCAUUGCAUUAGUUAUAGUUAUUAGCUUUUUUCAGUCCAACACCUUGCAGUGGUAACUUUUUUUUUUUCCUUUUGUGCGUUCAGAAUCGAGACUUGAAAUAACCCGUGUAUCCCAUGAUGUUGAAAACGCAAUGUUUGUAUCGCACAAUGUCUCUUAAGUAGCCAAUUACAGAGUUCAGACCAAUCAAUAAAGUGGACUAGCACUCCACCUUUCUGAAAGUGAA